AUGGUGGCGCGGGGCCGGAGCGCGGCGGGGCUGAGGCUGCAAGCAAGCGCGGCGCCGGUGCGUGAUCGCCGGGUGGCUUCCGGAUCGCCACCCGCCUGGCCCCUGCGGAAAGGUCGCCGACCUCGCCGAAGUAGGCUUCGGAAGUCGGGCUGUCUCGUUCCCGCCGGCGCCCAGCGCUUCCGGGUCAGAGGGCGGCGGGCGCUACGGGACGAGGCCGUGGGCGACCUGAAGCAGGCGCUGCCCUGCGUGGCCGAGGCGCCGACCGUCCACGUGGAGGUGCACCAGCGGAGCGGCAGUGGUGACACUGCCAAAAAAGAAGAUAUAAAGCUGAGCGUUAGAAAGCUGCUCAACAGACAUAACAUUGUGUUUGGUGACUACACGUGGACCGAGUUUGAUGAUCCUUUUCUGAGCAGAAACGUGCAGUCUGUGUCUAUUGUUGACACAGAGUUGAAGGUUAAAGACCCACAGCCCAUCGACUUGGGUGCCUGCACGAUUUCACUUCACGUCUUCCAGCUGAAUGAGGGCGGCCCCAGCAGUGAGACUCUGGAGGAGGAGACCGAGAACAUAACUGCGGCGAGUCACUGGGUCCUGCCCGCAGCUGAAUUCCAUGGGCUUUGGGACAGCCUGGUAUAUGAUGUGGAAGUCAAAUCUCAUCUCCUCGAUUACGUGAUGACAACCUUGCUGUUUUCAGACAAGAACGUCGACAGCAAUCUCAUCGCCUGGAACCGGGUGGUGCUGCUUCACGGUCCUCCGGGAACUGGAAAAACAUCCCUGUGUAAGGCACUAGCCCAGAAAUUGACCAUCAGACUUUCGAGCAGGUACCGGUACGGCCAAUUAAUUGAAAUAAACAGCCACAGCCUCUUCUCUAAGUGGUUUUCGGAAAGUGGCAAGCUGGUGACGAAGAUGUUCCAGAAGAUUCAGGACUUGAUUGAUGACAGAGAUGCGCUGGUGUUCGUGCUGAUUGAUGAGGUGGAGAGCCUCACGGCCGCCCGCAACGCUUGCAGAGCAGGUACCGAGCCGUCAGAUGCCAUCCGUGUGGUCAACGCUGUCUUAACCCAGAUCGAUCAGAUUAAGAGGCACUGCAACGUGGUGAUUCUGACCACUUCCAACAUCACGGAGAGGAUCGAUGUGGCCUUCGUGGACAGGGCUGACAUCAGGCAGUACAUCGGACCGCCCUCUGCAGCAGCCAUCUUCAAAAUCUACCUCUCCUGUCUGGAAGAACUGAUGAAGUGUCAGAUCAUAUACCCUCGCCAGCAGCUGCUGACCCUCCGGGAGCUGGAGAUGAUUGGCUUCAUUGAAAACAACGUGUCAAGGUUGAGUCUCCUUUUGAGUGAAAUUUCAAGGAAGAGCGAGGGUCUCAGCGGCCGCGUCCUGAGAAAGCUCCCUUUUCUGGCUCAUGCGCUGUAUGUCCAGGCCCCCACUGUCACCAUCGAGGGCUUCCUUCGAGCCCUCUCUCUGGCAGUGGACAAGCAGUUCGAAGAGAAGAAGCAGCUCUCGUCUUGCAUCUGA